AUGGUACAUCAAAUUUGUGGGGCAGAUGGAUUGGUACUGGUGCUUUGGGACAAGCAGUACGUAGGCGGUUUACAGAUAGAAUUGUACCAUGAGAUGCAUGCAUUGGACCGGCUAGAACAAGAUUAUCAAUUUAAAUGCCUUGAAAGAAAUAAUCCAUAUGCAGCUCAAAGAGGUGACUGUGCUAUCCCUAUCUACAUAUCAGUUUAG